GCCCCUUGUUUGGGGCCCGUUAUUUUCCAGUAGGUCACAUGCAGGGCCUGGCCAUGAAGGGUCUCACGGUGGCCGUCUUCGUCUGGACUCUGAUAUCUCCCAGCAGCGGCAGCAAGGCCUGGCCCCCACACACGGUCUGCCGGAAUGGGAACCUGGAAGUGCUCUACCAGAGUUGUGAUCCAUUACAAGAUUUCGGCUUUUCUGUUGACCAGUGUUCAAAACAUUUAAAGUCAAACCUCAACAUUAGAUUUGGAAUGAUUCUGAGAGAGGACAUCAAAGAGCUGUUUCUUGACAUAGCUCUCUUCACUAAAGGAUCGUCCAUUUUGAAUUUCUCCUAUCCCAUCUGUGAAGAGGAUCUACCCAAGUUUUCUUUCUGUGGAAGAAGGAAAGGGGAGCAGAUUUACUAUGCUGGCCCCGUCAAUAAUCCUGGAUUUGAAAUUCUCCCGGGAGAAUACCAGGUUUUGCUGGAACUGUAUAAUGGAGACCGUUCCACGGUGGCCUGCGCCAAUGCCACCGUCAUUUCUUCCUGAGCAGCUGAAACUUGGUGUGUCUGCUGGGAACUGCAAGCCACUGAAGUUGGACCUGCUCUGUAAGAAAAACCAGUCGACGACAGAGAGGCAGGCACAGGUUCUAGCCCCCAGACCAGACGUCCUCAGACUCCACGUGCCUACAUGCUUCUAGGUCCCCUCCUGGUAGUCACGAUGUUAUCCUGUGGGCCUGCCCUCCUCCCUGGGGUCAAACUCACCUGCUUCUCAGCUCCUCAGGAGUAUUUCCCCUGUGACCCCAAAUAAAGAAAGCUGGUCCACUGUG